GACUUAGACCUGUGCACCUUUACCCAAGCUACUACCGAUGAUAUUGAUUGGACGAGGCGGGCAGGUAACACGCCAUCUUCGUCUACCGGCCCGGAAAAUGAUCAUACAAUUGGCACAGCGGCUGGAUUCUAUAUCUACACAGAAGCAUCGUCAUUUUCCAACAAAGUUGCCGUACUGGAGUCGGAACUCAUUCUUGCGACGUCCCGGCGAUUGUGCGCCGAUUUUUGGUACCACAUGUGGGGAGAUGACAUUGGUACACUCAAUAUCUAUGCCAAGACCGGGACCACGCUGGGCCAGGUCCUAUGGACCCAAAGUGGGGCCUAUCUGUCCAGGAACUGGUUUGUGGCUCAGAUUGAUUUCAUCCCUACUGCCGAUUUUAAGUUCGUAUUUGAGGGCGUUACUGGUGCUUCGUACAAAAGUGACAUCGCUCUCGAUGACAUCUAUAUUACAACAGGAGCAUGCAGAGGUAUAUAUCUAAUAUUAUUAUUGUUGUUGGUGUUCUUGUUUUCAUCAUUAUUAGUAUCAUUUU